AACCAGACCGCUGUAUCCCGAGGCUUCGCUUCACUUCUACGGAGUUAUUAACGGAAAAACAACGCAAACGGACAACGGGAUUUAUCAUAACGUAGUUUUUUUUUUAUUGGAAAUAGAUUAUACGUUCCGAUAUUGCAAUGAUUCCCAUCUGUUUUCUGGAUAUUUUAUUCAACUGAAUGGCUCGGAAUUGGAUAAUAUAGCAAACCGCACGGACUACACGCGCUCCAAUCUUCCUGGAGUCUUUACACCCAACUGUUGUGUUUAAGGAGGACAUUUCCUGUGCCAACAUUUACAGAAGGCAGCCGCUCAGUGACCAUGCCCGGGAUGAUGGUGUGGUUCAGCGGGGCAGCACUGCUCCUCCUGUCCGGGCUCAUGGGUCCGCUAGGGAUGGUGCAGGCUUUUGGCGAUGAGGUGGAGGAAAUGACCUGCGACCCGAUCCGGAUAAGUAUGUGCCAGGGUCUGGGUUACAACGUCACGAAGAUGCCCAAUAUGGUCGGCAACGUGCUGCAGUCCGACGCCGAGCUGCAGCUGACCACGUUCACUCCACUCAUACAGUACGGCUGCUCCAGUCAACUCAAGUUCUUCCUGUGCUCAGUCUACGUGCCGAUGUGCACUGACAAGGUUCCCUUCCCCAUUGGUCCCUGUGGUAGCAUGUGUCUGUCCGUCAAGAGAAAGUGCCUUCCGGUGCUUCACGAGUUUGGCUUCAUAUGGCCCGAGGUGCUGAACUGCAGCCUCUUUCCACCACAAAAUGACCACAACCACAUGUGCAUGGAGGGCCCGGGAGACGAGGACCCACCCUACCAGCCUGUUCGUAUUCCUCCCCACCAGGAGGAGUGUCAGGCACUGGGUUCUGCACCUGACCAGUAUACCUGGUUAAAACAGUCAGAAAGCUGUGCUCUCCAGUGUGGCUACGACAGCGGGCUGUACCGCAGGGGGGCCAAAGUCUUCACAGACGCCUGGAUGGCGGUGUGGGCCGUGCUGUGCUUCCUGUCGACCACUCUGACGGUCCUGACCUUCCUGUUGGAUUCACAGCGCUUCUCCUACCCUGAAAGGCCCAUCAUCUUCCUGUCUAUGUGCUGUAAUCUGUACAGCGUGGCCUACCUGGUACGUUUGACUCUGGGGAGAGAGCGUGUUUCCUGUGACCUGGAUGCCACCGGAGUACCAAUUCUCGUACAAGAAGGGUUAAAAAGCACUGGCUGUGCAAUAGUUUUCCUUCUUCUCUACUUCUUUGGCAUGGCUUCCUCACUCUGGUGGGUGAUCCUGACCCUCACUUGGUUCUUGGCUGCUGGAUUGAAGUGGGGCCAUGAGGCUAUUGAAAUGCACAGCUCAUACUUCCACAUCGCAGCGUGGGCAAUCCCCGCCGUUAAAACCAUCGUCAUCCUCAUAAUGCGACUGGUGGAUGCAGACGACCUAACUGGACUCUGUUACGUUGGCAACCAGCAGCAGGAAGCGCUCACCGGCUUUGUGGUGGCACCACUGGCCACAUACCUUCUAAUAGGCACCCUGUUCAUCUGUGCUGGCCUGGUGGCUCUUUUCAAGAUCCGCUCCAAUCUGCAGAAGGACGGCGCCAAAACAGACAAGCUAGAGCGUUUAAUGGUGAAGAUCGGAGUGUUUUCUGUUCUCUACACUGUUCCAGCAUCGACCGUCAUUGGCUGUUACCUCUACCAGCUUUCUCACUGGGGGGAGUUCAAGUCAAGCCCCCGGGACUCAUAUGUGGCUUCAGAGAUGCUUCGAAUCUUUAUGUCACUGCUCGUGGGCAUCACAUCAGGCAUGUGGAUCUGGUCAGCAAAAACCCUCCACACCUGGCAGCGAUGCACUGCCCGCCUCCUCAGGGACAGCAGGGCAAGCCGAGGGGGCAAAAGGGCACCGGGCGAGGGCUGGAUCAAACCGGGGAAAGGCAACGAGACAGUGGUGUGAAAUGACAGAAAUAGAGGAAGGGACAGAAAUUGACUUCUACAUGCAUCUCUGUCAAUUGCAGAAACUGACUCUGUCAAUGAAGAGGACAGAGAAAAGGAGAUGAGAAGGAGUAGCAAGAGCUUUUCAAGGAAAGGCAUUGGAUGUAAAGGAAUCGAAAAACAGCUUGCUGAGAGCAUGCCCCUUUCUUUCAAACUGCCUCUAACCGGUGUUAUGGAGGAGAAAAGUGGAGGAUUGAGUCGUAAAAGUAGCAAGAGUAGCCUUUCUACCUCUGUUAGACUUGCUUUUCCCAGAGAGAUAAAUAAACCGGAAAAGGAAGGACAAAGAGAGAGAAAAAGGCAGAACGGUGGCAGCAAAAUGCAAUCCAGACACAGCGAUAAGCUGCAUAGCACCACGCCUGCCUCUCUUCCCUCCCUGAGCAAAAGAGACUGAACACAGUUAGCUUCAUCCAAUGUGUCUUUAGAGGGUCUUUUGAAGUUCUGAAUAUUACACUGGAGGGUCCUGGUGCAGACAUUGUACCGAUGAAAGUUGACGUUUUAUAAGAGCACCUGACAACUUGAGUUCCUGUAGGGCAUUUUUAUGUCCAUAUGGGAAAAUCUAAACUAAAAUACCAGAACUACAGCUUCUAGAAUAUAACGAGAAAGUAUAAAACAUGGCCUUCAAUCUGUGAUUUGUUACAUUUUUGUAAAUUAUUACCUUUUCUACAAUAUAAAACAGCAGGGGUUUUUAUUGCUCAGAGUUCUUUGGGAAAGCAGCUUUGAGCUGUAUUCACGCACUAUAACUUUAUACAAUACGUGUCUGUGCUUGUCACAAGUGCAUUACCAGGGAUGGCAGUGAUGUAAUAGCAAAUCAUCACCCUACUAGCAUGCAGACUUUAACACUUUGGUCAGUGUUUAUUGUGAAGGCUUCAGAAAAAUAACCUGUAUGGUUUUAUUCAAAAUGUCUUUUCCCUUGCAAAUAUUGUAAAGGCAAAAGCAGACAGGGAAACAUAAUGUAGAUCAUUUUUUCUGAACGUGUUUUAGGUAAAGUCUGUGGUACCUAUAAACACGUACCGCAAAGAAUACUGGGAGGACCCCAGAUGUGCCUUUUAUUUACCCAUAAAUAUGAAAGGUGUGUAGGCGUGUGUGUUUUACCUCAGUAAUCUACGAAAAGCGCAGCUUGUUGCCACUAAUAAGUGCCGUCUUUGUUGAAACCCUGUACUGCAUAUGCUCUUGAGUUACCACAAAUGAGGGAAAUGUAAUUAUUCCCUUCUUCAUUUCCCUAGAACCUAGACAAGCUGAAGAGUGAGAGGUUAUUAGACAAUCACUUGCCAAAAGACACAUUAUGCAAUAACAAAGAGCUAUCACCGACACAUGCAUGUGCACAAAAACAUUUAUGCAGGUAAAUACACACAGCAAUCAGUUUCCACAAAAUUCAACUGCCAGGAGCUGUUAUUACUAUCAUAAUAAUAAUAGCUAUAUCGAGACAAUAUCUGCCUCAUUUUGUCUCUUUUCUUCCUGUCGGUCUUUUUGUCUAUGUCUCUUUGGUCCGCGGCCUGCCUGCCUGUCUAUUUUAACCUUGUCUAUUGCAUCAUGGCUAAUUUACCAGACAAUCAAGUCAUCCCUAGAAAGAUGCUGUAAAUUAUAUUUUAAAUCUUCAUGACUAUUUGUUCAUUGCCUGUAGUGGUGCAUUUUCAUGGUAAUAGGCAUCUCCCAACAUUUGAACCUUGCAGUUCUUCUCUAAAAUUGCUUAUAUUGCCAAUUAAAGUAGUUGUUUCUGGUCUUACUGCUGGACUCACCAAAAAUGUGCAACUGCUCCAGUGCACUGUGUAUUUGCCUGACAAUCUAUCAAGCAAAGCUCUUGCGUUUCAGUGAGUCUUUGAAUGUAUAAUACCGAAUGUGGGCCGUGUGUCACGUUGCUUUCUACAUUUAAGUAGAGACUAGAAAAUGACUGGGCUGUUUAAAUGUAUAUGGUAGGAAUAAGUUGACAUGUCAAUUUAAACCAGUUAGUGCCUCACACACUCCUGUUGCAGGUAUUUUUAAGAUACUGUUUAAAAUGGGAUGGCGAAACAGUGUGUAUUUCCAUGGUCCCAAAAUAUGCUUCCUGUAACAGCACCCUUGUUGCAUUUAAAGAUACUUUUGGUUCUUUUGGAAAAACGUAGAAACCUGAAUUACCAGUGUUUCUCAAACAUUACAUUUCCUAAUUCAAACAAUCAUUACAGAGUGAAUUAAAAGAAACCCCGACCACCUCCCCUCUGAGCAAAUGCCGUUUCCCUCUGAAACUGGCUUAAUGUUUUGGCUCUCAACCCAGGUAUGACCAUGCUGAGCUUCAGGUAACAUUUCCAAACAACCACUGUGCCUUGAAACAUGCCGAGUGUAAUGAAGAUUGAGAACCACUGGUAUAACAGAUGUGUUAAUGCUUUUCGGGACGCCCAGAUAUGUGUUAUUGUUAAAAAUCAGUUCACCAACAGUGAUGGUAGGCCUCAAAGGUCUAGACUGUUUUGUUUGUGUAGAAAUCUCAUUGUUGUGAUGAUGUCAUCAAUGUAUUAUUAAGAAAUUGCUAAUUUAUCCUUGUAAAAAGUGACUUUUUUUUUAAACUUAACUGUAACUUCACUGUUAUUUAAAACACUUUUGUAUCAGAAGAUGAUGAUGAUGAAUAAAAACGUUUUGGUUUCCUGGAUAACUGUCAUACAAGACAAAGAACAGCAGUGAAUUCACACAUUUGCUUGAUAACUUUGUUUGUAAAACCAUAA